UUGUUUUUUUUCUGAGACAAAGUCUUGCACUGUGGCCCAGGCUGGAGUGCAGUGGCGCCAUCUCGGCUCACUGCAAGCUCCGCCUCCCAGGUUCGCACCAUUCUCUUGCCUCAGCCUCCUGAGUAGCUGGGACUACAGGCUCCCGCCACCACGUCCAGCUAAUGUUUUGUACUUUUAGUAGAGAUGGGGUUUCACUGUGUUAACCAGGAUAGUCUCGAUCUCCUGACCUCAUGAUCCACCCACCUCGGCCUCCCAAAGUACUGGGAUUACAGGUGUGAGCCACUGUGCCCGGCCCUGAUAGCCAAUGAGAUUUUUUGUCGUUGUUCUUGUAUCAUUACAGAUUCAUGGCCUUUUAUAGCUAAAUUUCUCUUUCUCCCGACUCUGUAUAAACUUCUUUGUUUUAGAGUGUGCACAACCCUCUAUCAAAGCACCUACCACCUCACUUUUACAUCUUCUGCAUGUAUUUCUGUCUUCCUUGCUAGACUGUGAGCACAUCUGGGACAGGGACCAUGUCUUUUUUUGUUUAUUUUGUUUUGUUUUGUUUGAGACAGAGUCUCGCUCUGUCGGCCAGGCUGGAGUGCAGUGGCAUGAUCUUGCUAUAAUAACCUCCACCUCCCAGGUUCAAGAGAUUCUCCUGCCUCAGCCUCCCAAGUAGCUGGAAUUACAUGUGCAUGCCACCAUGCCCAGUUAAUUUUUGUAUUUUGAGUAGAGACAGGGUUUCACCAUGUAGGUGAGGCCGAUCUCGAACUCCUGACCUCAGGUGAUCCACCUGCCUCAGCCUCCCGAAGUGCUGGGAUUACAGGUGUGAGCCACCACGCCUGGCUGGGACCCUAUCUUGAUUGUCUUUGUAGCUUCAGUGUUUGGUGCAGUGCCUCCCACUGUUUCUUUUCACCUUUGAGAUCUUCCCUCUUUGUUACUGUGAUCUUCCCUACUGGUCUUUGUUCUUCUGAGUCUGUCCCUAUCCCCGCCCCAGCCUAAGCUAGAUGUGGGCUGUCCUACUUGUGUUUCUCUCACAGACUGUGUACGGUGCCCUGGGCCUGAGGGAUGCCUGCCGCUCCCUGCCGCAGUCCAUCCAGCUCUUUCGGGACAUUGCCCAAGAGUUCUCUGAUGACCUGCACCAUAUUGCCAGCCUCAUUGGGAAAGUAGUGGACUUUGAGGGCAGCCUUGCUGAAAAUCGCUUCACAGUCCUCCCCAACAUAGAUCCUGAAAUUGAUGAGAAAAAGCGAAGACUGAUGGGACUUCCCAGUUUCCUUACUGAGGUUGCCCGCAAGGAGCUGGAGAAUCUGGACUCACGUAUUCCUUCAUGCAGUGUCAUCUACAUCCCUCUGAUUGGCUUCCUUCUUUCUAUUCCUCGCCUGCCUUUCAUGGUAGAGGCCAGUGACUUUGAGAUUAAUGGACUGGACUUCAUGUUUCUCUCAGAGGAGAAGCUGCACUAUCGUAGCGCCCGAACCAAGGAGCUGGAUGCAUUGCUGGGGGACCUGCACUGUGAGAUCCGGGACCAGGAGACGCUGCUGAUGUACCAGCUGCAGUGCCAGGUGCUGGCACGAGCAGCUGUCUUAACCCAAGUAUUGGACCUUGCCUCCCGACUGGACGUCUUGCUGGCUCUUGCCAGUGCUGCCCGGGACUAUGGCUACUCAAGGCCACGUUACUCCCCUCAGGUCCUUGGGGUACGAAUCCAGAAUGGCAGACAUCCUCUGAUGGAACUCUGUGCCCGAACUUUUGUGCCCAACUCCACAGAAUGUGGUGGGGACAAAGGAAGGGUCAAAGUCAUCACUGGACCCAACUCAUCAGGGAAGAGCAUAUACCUCAAACAGGUAGGCUUGAUCACAUUCAUGGCCCUGGUAGGCAGCUUUGUGCCAGCAGAGGAGGCUGAAAUUGGGGCAGUAGAUGCCAUCUUCACACGAAUUCAUAGCUGUGAAUCCAUCUCACUUGGCCUCUCCACCUUCAUGAUCGACCUCAACCAGGUGGCAAAAGCAGUGAACAAUGCCACUGCACAGUCACUGGUCCUCAUUGAUGAAUUUGGAAAGGGAACCAACACGGUGGAUGGACUCGCGCUUCUGGCCGCUGUGCUCCGACACUGGCUGGCACGUGGACCCACAUGCCCCCACAUCUUUGUGGCCACCAACUUUCUGAGCCUUGUCCAGUUACAGCUGCUGCCACAAGGGCCCCUGGUGCAGUAUUUGACCAUGGAGACCUGUGAGGAUGGCAACGACCUUGUCUUCUUCUAUCAGGUUUGCGAAGGUGUUGCAAAGGCCAGCCAUGCUUCCCACACAGCUGCCCAGGCUGGGCUUCCUGACAAGCUUGUGGCUCGUGGCAAGGAGGUCUCAGACUUGAUCCGCAGUGGAAAACCCAUCAAGCCUGUCAAGGAUUUGCUAAAGAAGAACCAAAUGGAAAAUUGCCAGACAUUAGUGGAUAAGUUUAUGAAACUGGAUUUGGAAGAUCCUAACCUGGACUUGAACAUUUUCAUGAGCCAGGAAGUGCUGCCUGCUGCCACCAGCAUCCUCUGAGAGUCCUUCCUGUGUCCUCCCCAGCCUCCUGAGACCCCAGUGGGCUGCCAUGCCCUCUUUGUUUCCUUAUCGCCUUCAGACCCAGAGUUUUUAGUUUCUCUAGAAAUUUUGUUUCAUAUUAGGAAUAAAGUUUAUUUUGAAGAAA